AUGUUCAUCGCAUGGCCCAAGACGGCUCUCCGUCUCAUCCCUCGUCGCAAAUUCGCCACCGUUCGACUCGGCCUGACAAUCGAGCCGCAGAAAAACAUGUCUUCUCUAUCGCGUCGCGCAUGCUACAAGUGUGGCAAUGUUGGUCACUACGCUGGUAUGUGCCUUGCGCUCCGAGGAAUGCGUAAGCUGACAACAUUCAGAGGUUUGCUCCUCGUCCGAGAGACUUUGCUACAACUGCAAGCAACCCGGUACGUUCGUCGUCCACUUCUCGAUCCAUCCCUAACAAUACCAGGCCACGAGUCCAACGGUUGCCCUCACCCUCGCACCACCGAGACCAAGCAAUGCUACCACUGCCAGGGCCUCGGUCAUGUUCAGGCCGAUUGCCCGACUCUGCGCUUGAGCGGUGCCGGUACUAGCGGCCGUUGCUACUCUUGCGGUCAGCCCGGUCACCUUGCCCGCUCUUGCCCCACUCCCGGUGCCGCGGGUAUUGGUCGCGCCCCCAUUCCCCGUCCUUACGGUGGUUUCCGCGGUGGCUUCGCCGGUGGCCCUCGUCCCGCUACUUGCUACAAGCUCAGGCCAUGA